AGCAGAAGUUGAUAAAUUCGAUAGCUGAGUUGUGGCUGGACCAGGUACUUAUAUGGUGUAAGCUCGUAUCUACAAACAUGAAGUCGUGCCUGGUAAAGAAUUAGACAUUCCUAGUUGGACAAGAAAAGAAAGACCCAGUGACCCGUCAGCUUGAUGGUGCUGUAAAAGACCCUCAGUCAGGUCUCACUGAAAACUCUACACAACUGAAAACCUCUACACAAUUCUCAUCAUGAGGGAAACUAUGUCUGUAUGUGAACCUGAAGAUCUAAGAAAACGUUUAAAAAAAGAAGAAAGGUGUUCGGAAUGUAUAAGGAACACUCUACCCCUUAGAACUGUACGGACCAAUGGUGUGGUACCCCACCAAAGCAGGGUCUCCUGUAUGCCAAGUGUACACCCAGGCACAAGGGAGUUAACUAAAGUGCUGGUCACCGGUGGUGCAGGCUAUAUGGGACAUAACCUUGGAUUAGCUCUUGCAAAGUUGGGCUAUACUGUUAUUUUUUUUGAUAUACACAAGCCAGACUGGGAAGUUCCAAGUCGUGCUACAUUCAUAGAGGGUGACAUCCGGGAUUAUGAUGCACUGUAUGACAUUUGUGAAGGAGUUGAUUGCGUUUUCCAUGCAGCUUCCUUUGGAAUGUCAGGAUAUCAACAACUGCAGACGAAACAAAUUGAAUCCAUAAACGUUGGAGGAACACAAGUUGUCAUUGAUGUGUGCAUUCAUAGAAACAUUCCCAGACUUGUAUACACGAGUACUGUUAAUGUGGUGUUUGGUGGCAACAGCAUAGAAGAUGGUACUGAGGAAACAACAACUUACUAUCCCCUGGAAAAGCAAUUGGACUAUUAUUCCAAGACAAAGACAAUUGCUGAACAAAUGAUCCUGGCAGCUAAUGGCUCACUACUUAAAGGAGGUGGUAAACUUCAUACAUGUGUGUUGCGGCCUCCAGGAAUUUAUGGACCAGAUGAAAAAAGACAUUUGCCAAGACUGGUUGCAAAUGCAGAGAAGGGAUUAUUAUAUUUUAAGUUUUGGAAUAAGGAGACCAAGAUGAACUGGAUCCAUUUAUAUAAUCUAAUCGACGCUCAUAUACUUGCUGCAGAGGCUUUGACUGCCAGUAAAGGCUAUAUAGCUAGUGGAAAAGCCUAUUUUAUCCAUGACGGAGAAGAUGUCAGCUUUGAUGAUUGGUACCUACAUCCAAUAUUUGAAAAACUUGGUUUCUCAGAUCCGUGGAUAAUUAUACCCAGCUCUGUGGCCUAUGCUGCAGCUUUCAUUUUGGAAUAUCUGUAUCUCAUCUUAAAACCAUUUGCAUCAUUAGACCCAGUGCUCACCAGACAUGAGGUAAUGAAAAUUGUUGCGAUGCACACAUUCCGGAUAGAUAAGGCUCAGAAAGAGCUUGGUUACAACCCAAAAAAAUUCUCCAUGGCUGAAUCAGUGGAUCUUUAUAUGAAAACCAGGCCCAUUUCAUCACAGAAAAAUCAGAAUUUUGUAAAACUGUUGCUUAUUACAUUUGCUUUAUUAAUUUGUAUUUUGUAUCUACCUUUGCUUCUAUGGAACCAUUAGAUACCCCGCACCUCCAAUUAAAACCACCUAAAGUGUAUUGUUACCAAUAAUGGGGAGGAGGUUACAAUUUGAGAAGAAAAUCAGUAUGAUUUUUAUUAUGGCCAGGGCUGGAGAAUUACAUUUCUGCAGUUAUUUUGUUUAUUGGUAAUGAGAUUCUAGGGCACUCACAUACUUUGCAUUUUAAGAACAUUCUCUGAUAAGGUUAUUGUAGACGUUUGUAUAGAAAACUGCAUAUAGCAUGGUAAUAAGGAAUGGCCAUGAAUCUCACAUCUAAUAGAUUCCACAGAAAGAAAGAGAAACUUAUAUGGCACUGUAUACAUUUGGAAACUUAUAAAGGUACAGUAAGGGCCCAUAGACUUCUAGGGGUGUUGUAUUUUGUAUUAGCUAGAGUGGAGAGCACCUUGGAGGACCUGUCCUCUCCUCUCCUCCUGCAUUACACAGACAGUCGAUUAAUAUGAAAGGACAUAGUGUAAUACUUCAUUUCGCCUGUGGUGGCGGUGCAGGAAAAUUAAACACAUAUGGCUAGAUGACCCCCAUAAAUGAUAGCUGGUCUUUGGGGAUCCUGGCAGGGAGCUUAAAAGGGUUAUCCUAUGACUAAUGUAAAAAAUGAAAAUCAUACAGUACAUGAUAAUCUCUUUCUAACAAAGCUAGAACCAGCCCUGUACCCCACAUGGGCCCAGAGAUCUCCCCAGUCAUUG